UACAGACAAGUAUCUUCAGCAUUUGGAAACUCACAGCAAUAUGGCUCGUACCAAGCAAACCGCCCGUAAAUCUACCGGAGGAAAGGCUCCCCGUAAACAGCUCGCCACCAAGGCAGCACGUAAAAGUGCUCCCGCCACCGGUGGAGUAAAGAAGCCUCAUCGUUACAGGCCCGGUACCGUCGCUCUCCGAGAGAUCCGUCGCUACCAGAAGUCGACCGAGCUUCUGAUCCGCAAGCUGCCCUUCCAGCGUCUGGUCCGUGAGAUCGCUCAGGACUUCAAGACCGACCUGCGCUUCCAGAGCUCCGCCGUGAUGGCUCUUCAGGAGGCUAGCGAGGCUUAUCUCGUUGGUCUGUUUGAGGACACCAACUUGUGCGCCAUCCACGCCAAGCGAGUCACCAUCAUGCCCAAGGACAUCCAGCUUGCCCGCCGCAUCCGUGGCGAGAGAGCGUAAACAGUUCCUCUCAGGAACACAACAAAACGGCUCUUUUAGGAGCCACCACAUGCAAUAAAGUCAAACCUACAUCA